UUGCAGAUCUGCUGAAAUUUAGACCUCUUCUCUUCAAAAUUAAAAUGUAUGCUGAGAAGCAAGCAGAGGAAGCUAUUGUUUCAAACUUCAAUGGAACUGAUCGUGAUGGGGAGGAAGUUGAGAAAUUAGGUGAAGAAGAUCAGUCUAUUUUCAGUGUCAAAAGCCUCCUCUGGCAUGGUGGCUCUGUUUGGGAUGCUUGGUUCAGCUGUGCUUCUAAUCAAGUUGCUCAAGUGCUGUUAACAUUGCCAUAUUCAUUUUCUCAACUUGGUAUGGUAUCUGGCAUAGUGUUUCAAGUGUUCUAUGGUCUUGUUGGGAGCUGGACUGCAUACCUCAUCAGUGUUCUCUACAUAGAGUACAGAAGCAGAAAAGAGAAAGAAGGUGUCAACUUCAAAAAUCAUGUCAUUCAGUGGUUUGAAGUGCUUGAUGGACUAUUGGGUCCUUACUGGAAAGCAGCAGGCCUUGCCUUCAACUGUACGUUCCUUCUGUUUGGAUCUGUCAUACAACUAAUUGCUUGCGCAAGUAACAUAUAUUACAUCAAUGACCAUUUAGACAAGAGGACAUGGACAUACAUAUUUGGAGCUUGCUGUGCCACCACAGUUUUCAUUCCUUCCUUCCAUAACUAUAGGAUUUGGUCUUUUCUUGGCCUUGGGAUGACCACUUAUACAGCAUGGUACUUAACUAUUGCUGCUGUCAUUCAUGGCCAGGUUGAAAAUGUACAACACACUGCUCCAGCAAAGCUUGUGCUGUAUUUUACUGGUGCCACCAAUAUUCUUUACACCUUUGGUGGACAUGCUGUUACUGUGGAAAUUAUGCAUGCAAUGUGGAAACCCCAGAAGUUCAAGUACAUUUACCUAAUAGCCACACUCUACGUUUUCACCCUAACUAUUCCAUCAGCUUCAGCAGUCUACUGGGCAUUCGGAGAUCAACUUCUUAACCAUAGUAACGCAUUUUCACUUCUUCCAAAAGACAGAUGGCGCGAUGCUGCAGUUAUAUUGAUGCUAAUACACCAGUUUAUCACGUUUGGAUUCGCGUGUACGCCGUUGUACUUUGUGUGGGAGAAGGUUAUAGGGAUGCAUGACACUAAAAGCAUAUGCUUAAGGGCACUUGUUAGGUUGCCUGUGGUGAUACCCAUAUGGUUUUUGGCUAUUAUAUUCCCAUUCUUUGGGCCUAUUAACUCUGCUGUUGGGGCUCUUUUGGUUAGUUUCACUGUCUACAUCAUUCCAGCUCUUGCUCAUAUGCUCACUUAUAGAACAACCUCUGCUCGACAGAAUGCAACAGAAAAGCCACCAUCCUUCAUGCCAAGUUGGACUGUCAUGUAUGUUAUUAACAUUUUUAUAGUAGGCUGGGUUUUGGUUGUUGGGUUUGGGUUUGGUGGAUGGGCCAGUAUGAGCAAUUUCAUCAAACAAGUUGAUACAUUUGGCCUUUUUGCAAAAUGUUACCAAUGUAAACCUCCGGUGGGCCAGCCACCACAUCCGACACCUCAGGCCACCGUGCACAACUAGGUACUGACUUGGAUCCACCACGCCAAUAUGUUGGAGAAGUCAACGAUCGAACUGUUCUUCAAAUAUUUUUGCAUGUAACCCAAAACGUGUUAGUGUGUUAAUCUUCAUUUUCUUUUGUUCGUGUUUCUCCUUUUUGUUCUCAUAUUAGAUAUGAUUAUUAACGUGUCGAAUUGCUGACUAAUUGGCUAUCAAAGGAUUAGCUAAUUAUUUGAAUCAACAUAUGCUAAUGUUAAUUAAUUCUUUUGUCCAACUUUUUGGUUGUUAGUAAAUACUAUAUUGUCACAUCU